CAUGACAUCUAUAAUCAGAUUGAAGCCUUUUUCGGGUGUAAAAAGUGAAUCCCCACCAUGCUAUCUUCUUCAAAUCGAUGAAUGUCAUAUCUUACUAGACUGUGGGUGGGAUGAACAUUUCAGUAUGGACUAUUUGAAGAGAUUGAAAGAAAAUUUAGAUAUUAUAGAUGCAGUUCUUAUUUCUCAUCCUGAUCCUCAUCAUCUUGGCGCCCUACCCUAUUUGGUAGGAAGAUGUGGCCUAAAUUGCCCAAUAUAUGCAACUGUCCCUGUUUAUAAGAUGGGUCAAAUGUUUUUAUACGAUUUAUAUCAAUCUCGACAUAGCUGUGAACAUUUUGAAAUAUUCACUUUGGACGAUGUCGACGCUGCUUUCGAAAAAAUUAAACAGCUCAAAUAUUUGCAAACUGUUGGCUUGAAAGGUAAAGGGCAUGGUCUACAAAUCACUCCUAUACCUGCUGGUCACAUGAUUGGAGGAACAAUAUGGAAAAUUGUAAAAGAUGGUGAAGAAGAAAUUUACUAUGCUAUUGACUUUAACCAUAAAAAAGAACGGCACUUAAAUGGUUGUAUUCUUGAUGGAAUAGUCAGGCCACAUCUGUUUAUUACCGACGCAUUUAAUGCUAAUUAUCAACAAACAAGACGAAAGUUGCGCGAUGAACAGUUACUAACUAGCAUUAUUCAAACUUUGCGAAAUGAUGGAAAUGUUCUUAUUACAAUAGAUACAGCAGGAAGAUGUUUAGAGCUGGCUCAUUUGCUUGAUCAAAUGUGGAGAUCUCAGGAAUCUGGACUCAUGUGUUUCUCUCUAGCUAUCUGCAACAAUGUAUCCUUUAACGUUGUAGAAUUUGCGAAGUCUCAAGUAGAGUGGAUGGCGGAUAAAAUAACUAGGGCUUUCGAAGAUAAUCGGACUAAUCCCUUUCAAUUUAAGCACUUGAUGCUUUGCCAUUCUCUACAUGAAUUAAAUAAAGUACCCUCACCAAAAGUUGUUCUUGCCUCAUCCCCUGAUCUGGAGUCUGGAUUCGCCAAAGAUUUAUUUAUCUCAUGGUCUUCAGACCCCAGGAAUGUCAUCAUACUCACUAAUAGAACCUCUCCAGGAACUUUAGCGAGAACAUUAAUUGAUAAGCCAACUUCAACAGAAAUUACUGUUGAAAUUAAAAGAAGGGAAAAAUUGGAAGGAAAAGAACUGGAAGAAUAUAGGAAAAAAGAGCGCGAGCGUAUUGCAGAAGAACAGAGACAAAAAGCUCUCACUUCCCAAAAAGAAAAAGAAGAAUCAUCUGACAGUGAAGAUGUCGAAAAGGAAACAGCCUUCGAAAACAAAUACGAUCUACUUUUACCAAAAAUUGAUCAGGAACAUAUAUCAUAUUCUGGUCUACUGAAAAUCUCUAAGCGAAGCCUACCAAUGUUUCCCACAUCGGAGGAGCGUUUGAAAUGUUUAAAAUGGGAUGAUUAUGGUGAGUUUAUUCGACCUGAAGAUUUUCUUAUUUUUGACGAAAAAGAAGCUGAAGAGCCUAUGGAGACAGAGGAUGAGAAUGCCGAACAAUCGGUGAAUGAUUAUUCCGAUCAUCCCACUAAAUGCAUAGUAACUGAUCAAACAAUUCAAAUAAGAGCCAAAGUAAUGUACAUAGAUUUUGAGGGCAGAACUGAUGGAGAGAGUAUGAGAAAAAUUUUGGCUCAAAUUAAGCCUCGGCAAUUAAUUCUCGUACAUGGUGAUAAAUCUGCUACCGAAAAUUUAGCUAACUAUUGCUCAAGUCAAAAUUUGGUAAAUGGAAACAUUUUAACUCCAGAUCUCUAUGAGAUUGUAGAUACAACGACUGAGUCUCAUAUUUUCCAAGUUCGCAUGAAAGAUUCUCUCGUGAGUGCUCUACAAUUUGAAAAGACAAAAGAUGUCGAAGUAUCUUGGAUUGAUGCUAUACUGGACUCAACCGCAAUGGCUGAUGAAGGAAAAGGAGACGAUUUAGUUCAAAGAGAUUCUGUUCCAACUCUCAUCCCUGCUUAUUCGUCUGAUUGUGUUCAACCACAUGGUCCCGUUUUUAUUAAUGAACCGAAACUAUCUGAAUUGAAGGAGGUAAUAAUGAAACAAGGUAUUACAGCAGAAUUCACAGGCGGUGUGUUAGUAUGUGGGGGUAGUGUUGCUAUUAAGAAGAAUGAAAGUGGAAAAUUAACUAUUGAGGGAACAAUUAACAGUGAAUAUUAUAAAAUACGUAGAAUUUUAUAUUCACAAUUUGCUAUUGUUUGA